AUGGCGGCUUCGCUGGUCGAAGGGGUUCAGAUGUACGCCGUUAACGACAACGCUACGGCCAGCUUCGCUCCUCAGGCUGAGUCUGUAACGGUCAACCCUGAAUUCUCCUUCCUCCAACCGAGAUACCUCUUCUUUUGCCUGCUACUACUGCCGAUCUUCGCUCGAUUCUUCGGAUUGGGGAAGCAAAAACUGCCAGCGGGUGUUAAGCCUCUUCCACGACUGCCAGGCCUUCCGUACGCCGGACGAUUUUGGGAUGUUCCAUCCCCGGGUAUCGAAGCAGCAUGGCACUUUGGAGAUUUGCACAAGAAGAUGGGGCCAAUCUAUGAGUGGAAGGUCAUGGGAACUAUCCACAUCUGGAUCGAGACCGACAAGAUCGCCAAAGACCUCUUCGUCACCCGUCAACGAAACUACUGCGAUCGGAAUGAACUGCCAGCCGCCAUCGGUGUGAGGGAAGGGUCAGAGAUCUUGCCACUCAUGGGAUACGGCGAGCAAUUCCGCCGAUACAAGAACUUCAUGCAUUUGAUCAUGCGACAUGCCAACCCCAAGGCUUUCUACGGCUGGCCAUCGAUUGAGAACAAGAGGACCCUGCGACGAGUGUUGGAGCAGCCUGAUCGUUGGUCUGAGGCUAUGAUCGUUCACUGCGCUCGUACUAUUGCAAGCGUUGCCUGGGCUGAUCCAGAACAUGGAAGCAAGCUGCUUACCAUCAUCCCGGUCAUUCUCAAGGCUGUGUCUCCUGCUGGCCCGAUCAUCAACAAGCUUACCUUCCUGGCCAACUUGCCCGAAGCUAUCUCGCCGUUCAAGGUGCAGGAGAAGCUUCGAAAGCAGGAGAUGACCGAUGCGUUCUGCGAGGCUCUGAAAGAUGUCAAGACCAAAUCUGAGAAUGGCGGCGUGGCGGACUGCUGGAGCAAGCUAUGGGCUGAGAAUGAGAAGGGAACUGAUCACCUCAACUUCCACGAAGCCGCACACGCUAUUGGAUCGAGCUCUUUCGUUGCUAUCGCGACGGUCGGUGGCCCACUUCACGCUUUCUUCCUGGCGAUGUGUCACUACCCAUCAUGGCAGUCCAAGGUGCAAGCCGAGAUUGAUGAAGUCUGCCCGAACCGUCCACCAGAGAUUACCGAUUUCCCAAAGCUCCCCAAGCUUCGCGCCACUGUCAAGGAGAUUCUACGCUGGCGACAGGCCACUCCUCUUGGUGUACCACACGUUGCGCUUGAAGAUGAUGUGUACGAGGGUUAUCACAUCCCCAAGGGCGCAAUCCUGCACGCCAACCACUACCUUAUCUCCCGUGAAGAGUCUGUCUACCCGAACGGCAGCGAGUUCAACCCCGAGCGCUUUCUCGAUCCAUCAUACCCAACAUACAAAGAACCUCUCACCGAAUUCCCCAACCUCGUCGGCGAUCGAUCCUUCGGCUACGGAAACCGCUCCUGCCCCGGUGUCGAUCUCACCUACUGCGAACUCACCACACUCGUCGGAUCUAUGCUGUGGGCUUUCAACAUUCAACGUCCUGAGGGAUCUCGCGGUCAAGGUGCUCCUCUGCCAUGGUACGAGACUGCACCUUGGGUCAUCACCAUGAGCAAGCCAUUCAAGUGCGACGUCAAGGUCAGGAGUGAAGAGAAGAGGCGAUAUAUCUUGGACGAAUGUCCAGAGGGUGGAAACUUGAUCAAGGACACCCAGGCAGAAUGCAAGAGCAGGUGGGAUGUAUGCAGGAAGCCUGGCGAGGACCUCUUCGCUUGGGAUGGGCUCACUGAGCAGGCCUCUGGGGAGUGGAAGGCGUAUGCUCAUGGUGUGUAA